UAAAUACUCCAGUACUGCGCUCCUCUGCACUCAUUUGCUCCAGAGCUUAAUCCUCUACUGCCGCUCCGGCUUCAACAGUGCGCACCGAGCAAUCCAUCAUCGCAAAGUUGGAGCGCCACGUCUUGGGCUGCGAACCACCAGCAGAAAAAGAGUCGAGAUGUCUUCAUACGUGUCCUCUGAGUCCCGCCGGGUCAGCCCCACUGUCCAUGGCAACAAGUUCGACACGGCGCACCGCAAGAAGGCCGUGGCCAACAUUUUCGAGAACGUGAACCAGGACGCACUGAUGAGACUCUUCCAGAAAACGGGAGACAUGAAGGCGGAGGAGAGGGUGCGGAGCAUCUUCUCCUACACGCAGGACCCGGAGGAGACGGCGCGGGCGCUGAUGGCUCUGAAGCAGCGAAAGAAGGACAAGUUCCUCCGGAUCGCGGGCAUGGUCCGGCAGCUGCUCAAACUGCGCUGACUCCUCGCAGUCACCUUUCACGUCUGUGUCUCUGUCGACUCGAUGAGCCGAAUGAGAAAACAUUCCCGAUGUGACUGAGGUCUCCGCCGCCGAGGCAACUCACCUGCCGGUUGGGAAAGCGGCGUCAGUUGCGGUUGCAGGAGAAAGGCGCCGUGGGCCGCCUGGAGGACAACAAGCGGCAAAUGCGGCGUCAUAGACGGAGGAUCUGCCAGUAGCGGAGCCCUGCCUGGAAUCAGGUUGUGACUGGGAAUAUGAAGGGAAUACAUGCCUUCCUUCAGACUAGAACUCAUGCAUGCAUUCCCAUGGAUGCGUGAAGGUGGAACAGCACCCUGCAGGUGCACAUCACUGUGCUGGUGCUGGUGCAUCACAGCUGCAGUGAGACUUUAUGGUGCCAAAUAACUUGCCUAUACAUGAAUGCCUGUCCUGACCACAUGCCUUGUCACUGAGCUUGAUUUUGUUGUAUGAACACCACUGCUUAGUGACCAAUAAUGUGAUACUACAAUGUGAAAGAACAAUGAUUUAUACUUAUGUGAGGUUCCUUUGAUUUCCCUUUUUUUUAAAUAAACGAUUGCUUUGUACUAAAUCUGAA